CAACUUGACAGACAAUGUGUAAAUAUGCUAACUAGAGAUAGCGAGGACAGCGAUGGCGAGGGCGGCCUUGGCAAUGUCUCACGCGUUAUCAUACGCCCACCUGGCCAGAGCGGUAAGGCUAAGCGUGGACAUCUUUGCUUUGAUGCCGCUUUCGAGACGGGCAAUCUGGGUAAAGCCGAUCUAGUCGGCGACUUUGAGUAUGAUUUAUUUUUGCGUCCGGACACUUGCAAUCCUCGCUUUCGUUUCUGGUUCAAUUUCACUGUGGACAAUGUGAAACAAGAUCAGCGAGUCCUCUUCAAUAUUGUUAAUAUAAGUAAACCGCGUAAUUUAUUUAAUUCAUCACUGGUACCGCUAGUGAAGUCAUCGAGCCGUCCCAAAUGGCAGCGCCUACCGAAGAAGAACGUAUUCUAUUAUCGUUCGUUGUUGCAUCAAAAUCAUUACGUGUUAAGUUUUGCCUUCUCCUUCGAUAAGGAAGAUGAUGUGUAUCAAUUUGCAGCGGCGCCGCCUUACAGCUAUUCACGACUUCAAUCGUAUUUGAAUGUGAUCGAUGCGCGACAGGCGGAGCAACGGUUUAUGCGUAGUGUGCUAACGAAAAGUGUGCAAAACCGCAAUGUCGAUCUGCUCACCAUCGAUCACGUGACAGCCAAAACCAAAGCAUCGCGCUUGGAUCGCGGCUUCAUACGCGUUAUUGUAAUCUUAUGUCGUGUACAUCCGAGUGACACGCCAGCCUCCUUUAUGUGCCAAGGCUUUAUAGAAUUCCUUAUCGGCAAUCAUCCGAUUGCAACGGCGUUACGUGAUAAUUUUGUCUUCAAAAUCGUGCCAAUGGUUAAUCCAGAUGGUGUUUUUUUGGGUAAUAAUCGCUGUAAUUUAGUUGGACAGGAUUUGAAUCGCGCAUGGCACGUAGCCACAGAGUUCUCUCAUCCCACAUUAUAUGCGAUAAAAAAUAUGCUAAAGGAGCUGGAUAAUUCUGAUAUUUAUCAAGUUGACUUUGUGAUCGACUUGCAUGCAAAUAACAGUCUUCAUGGCUGUUUCAUUUACGGUAACACAUACGAGGAUGUUUAUCGACAUGAACGCCACCUGGUUUUUCCACGUCUUUUCGCCGCCAAUGCCCAGGACUACGUCGCUGAGAAUACCAUGUUCAAUGCAGAUGAGAAAAAAGUGGGUAGUGCACGACGUUAUUUCUGUGAGCGCCUGAGCGAUACUGUAAACUCCUACACAGUGGAGAUCUCGAUGGGCGGGCAUUACUUAAAGGAUGGCAAAACUGUGGCACUUUACACCGAGGAUGGCUAUUAUCGCUGUGGUCGUAAUUUGGCGCGUACCUUCCUCCACUAUUAUCGCUUCAUCAAUGUGCUGCCGACACCACUGGUAUCCGAAGCGCGCUUGCGUCGACGCAACCGUCCGCGUACGCACCACUCUCGCUCGCGCUCACGUACACGCUACGAAGUGAAGCCACGCCCGAAGACAACGCGCUGUUAUGCGCCAAUUGCGUAUACAAAUCUCUCCAUACAUUAUGACUCUGGUUCUUCUGACGAGGGCGGCUUCUCGCCCACUCGCCCCAUAGCGCCAGGUAGCAGCCUCUUCAGUGGCUAUCGCAAUUAUCGCCGCACCCAUGGUAACUCCGCCGUGACGCACGAUCAGUAUGCACUGCUGGCGCUCAAGUCAACGAAAUACGAUCAUUUGGGGGAUUUCGUGGGCGGUGGUAGAGUCCAUGCCUAUCAGCAUGGCCGUGCGACAACAGCGGAAAAAUCAAGUAAAGCAGUAACUUUCGAACAACCAUUGAAUGUGCCACCAAAACCAUAUCUAUCGAUCAUCGAUCUCAAUCAGCUGACACGCGGUAGUUUAAAUCGCAAAACGCGCAGUUUCGAUACGGAUCCUCGCUGACUGAAGAUGCAGACACGGAGAGUAGGCAGAGUACGCCCAGUUAGCAAAUAGAUAGGAUAACAAAUUUUUCACUCCAACACUUAUUAAAUUUCUAUACAUACAGCAAAUUUUUCAUAUUAAUCCCUUACGCUUUGUUAGCUAAAAACUUGAACGCUUUU